AUGAGCCAGUACAUCGUCCCCGGCUCCGCAGAGCAUGUCUCCUCCUUGCUCUCAGGAUAUGGUUUAGGCUGUCCGCACCACCUGGUCUGUUCCUCGGGAGUUUCACAGGCCUGGCAUUAUCCGAAGCGUCUGGGUUUCUUUUCAGCACACAGCCCAGAUUUGAUCAUCUUUUACGUUGACACAAAGAAUAUUUGCUCAGACUGCAUGAAGCUAUUUGUCCCUUCUGGCUUCAACUUCUGGUCUUCCCUGCCUGACCCCAAUGGAGGAGGUGAAAAUUUGGAUAGUCCUCCCCGGAAAUGGCUUUUCCCGAAUGGGCAAGCAGAACAUUUCAUCAAUCUGCGAAAAAUCGGAGGUGGUGCCUCUGAGCUCGCUAUUGUUCCGCUGCCAUCAUCUCCAGUGGCUGCGGAUGCAUGGGAAUGGAUCAAAUCACAGAAAAAGCCAUUCUAUAUAGAUCAACUACAUCUAGCUCCCAGAUGGUCUCCCGUCAAUGAGCGGAAUGCCUUGGCCGACGCGGCUACUGGCUGGCAAUACGGCAUUGCUAUUCCGGCACCAACCGUUGAAACAAUCUCUGCUCCCACAAACAACAAGAAAACGGUGGCAAAAGCUCCGCAACCAAGUUCCAGCAAAGGACCGCCCUCAAAACCCAAGACGUCGGCGGAUGCGGUAGAUAUGCCAGAGAGGAGGAAAGUUCGGAAGUCAAAGGAUCCAGAAGACACCACAGGCGCACAGGCCGUAUCUUUGAGCACGAAAGAAAAUGUUGACGAAACAGUGAGUGUUUCUAAGCCUGUAUGCGAAGUUGAACCCGGUGCAAAACAAAAUGGUCAGGGGCCAACAAGCUCCAAGGAACAUAUUGGUCCCCGCCACAAAGAAAAGGUUAAAUCCAGAACUACUCCAGCACCUGAAGGGGAAUCUAAGCCUGUGAGAGCUGGAGGUUCGUCAAAAAUGGCUUCUACUCCGGCCUCUCAGUAUACUCUUUCGGCUACGGAAGAUUCGAAGCCACAACGAGAACAAGAAAGGCCAUAUUCGGCUUCUCCAGCAGUACAUGGCGCUCCAAUUCGCAGAAAGGCUGUUGGUGCUAUGAACAAGACAAGCAAUACUGCUGUUGAAAUCACUAAAGUCGACAUUCAAGAAAUUGACUCCAUGGUGAAGCCGAACGCCAACAGUCGCGGCAAGGAAACAGUCAGCGUUAAGUCCAAGAGUACCAUUACAACCAAAGAUGUGCAUGCAAAGCUGAAGGCUGCAGAACCAUCGAAGGAAGCAUUGAAGAAGAAGUCAUCCAAGGCCAAACCUGUUGACAUAACGAAUGAAAUGCCGACCUUGAUGAAGACUGUAGAACAGCCCAAGGGAUUUUCUUCCCAAACUACAGUUGCUUCAACCUACACAAGGAGCUGGUACAACUAUGAUCCAUUUUCCUUCGAUGGUGCUAUGACUCUCUCCGAACUUUCGGACUACAAGCGACGAGCUCGAACAGUCGACAAUCACGCCGAGAGAGCACCUGAACUUCCACUGGAGACCUUUCUUCGGGAGACACAGCCGCUUGAUAAGUCAGAAACUCUUUCGGGCUUGAAAACUAAAAAGACGCUGAAGAAGGAAGAUCCCUUCACAGCUUUGGUCUCGCCAGCUGCUAAAGACAAAAGGCCAUCUAAACUACCUCUUGGCUCGGCGUUGGGUAUGCAGGCCGUCCUGGAAGCCGAGUCUUCCUCGGGAAAGAAAUCCAAGCCGCCUUCAGUAGAAGGUCCUGUGAAGACCAGAUCUGACAAAGUAUCCUCAACAAAGCCCAUGGGAGAAACUUUGUCAGAGUGGAGUAAAGAGGUUCAGAAAGUUGCAAAGAAAGGCAAGACUGAACAUUCCGGUAGAUCUCUAAAGGACAAACUCUCAAAGGCCGUGAAGAAAGAAGGAAAGGCUGCCAGCUCACAGCCUGGAACGAAAACUGGCAGUAGAAGUUUUCAUUCGAAGGACAAAUCGUCCCACGGAGGCCACCAGUCUUCCACGACUGUCACCAAUGACGAGCACAUUCACCAUAGGCAGCCCAAGAAGAAGAUUAAUGACCUUAAAGGUGGCAAACCUAAAAGGAAACCGAGCACAAAGCCAGAAAGCAAUCUACAUACAGAUAAACAUGACGAGCAUGAAGAUGAUACACACGGGUCAGAUGGUCACAGUUCAGCAGGCGAGCAAUCAAGUGAGCCUCAGCAGCCAGGGGAGCAACCACAACAGUCCGGUGAGCAGCCAGGCGAGCAUGGCCAACCAGGUGAACCAGAGAAACCAGGUGAACCAGAGAAACCAGGUGAACCAGGUGAACCAGAGAAACCAGUUGAACCAGUUGAACCAGUUGAACCAGAGAAACUAAACGACCAUCAACCGCCAGGCGAGAACGAGCGACCAAGCAAGCAUCAACAAGAACUAGGCGAACAUAAACAGCCAGGUGAGCCUGAGAAACCAAAUGACCACGAGCAACCAGGAGAGCACAAGCAACAAUCAAGCGAGCAUUCAGGAGUUGGUGCAAAUAAUAUCGACCCAACAGAGUCUACCCAAUCCGCCGCUCAACCUAUCAAAAACAGCGCUACGCCGAAUAGUCCUGUUGAAAGUAACACAGCAGGGACUGACUUGAAACGCAAAGUCUCCUGCGCACCUCAGCCGGCCUCAUCAGCGCAACAGUCGAUGGAUUCAUCAGUUGAGCCAAAUGCACGAGACCCUUCUUCUGCUGGGAACCCUGGUGAUGUACAAAGCCAACCUGAUACAGAACCAGCUAGUGCUCCUCCACAAGCUCUUGGAACAAGAAAUAUCCAAGACACCAUCUCAGGAACCGAGAGUUCCCCAACUGGGGCCACGACAACUGCUGAUGUUGCAGUGGCGGUAACCUUGGGAACUUCUUUGUGCGACACAAAACCUAAUCCGAGCUCUUUGAAAGAAAGUAAAACGGACCCACCGUCAACGAUAUCCUCCAACGGUUCUCAAGAAACCACCGUGGCAGGGCCCGGGUCUGCUCAAGGAUACUAUGAACAGUCUACAUCACAAUCAGUACAAAAUGUGCAAGCCCAGGUAAACUUUAUCUCAGACCCCAUCCAAGGAUCCAGAGGUGGGCUGGGCGGAAGCGGGGAAUCUACUUCUGGGGAACAAAGGCCUUCCACUCCAUCGUCGAAGUUGCCGUCCGGCACCGCAUUCAUAGCCGGGACUGUCAUUGCAGGCGCAGCCGUUUUGACUGGCCACCUUGCAGCCACCAGUGCGAGUUCGUCCUCUAAUUCAAACGAUGCAGAUGGUGUCCAUUCCAAUAGCAGUCGUGAAGAUCUAGCGGCGCACUGGGACGAUGAUUUCGAUAGGGUAUCUAGCGAUCAUCAACAACCUGAGCCUGACAACAGCGACAUCGAUGGCGUCCACGGUGCCCGCUCUGUCACAAGUGAUGACGAGGAAGCUUCUGAACACGUAGCUGAAGAUGACAACAUGUCGCAGCCAGAUAGUUUCAUCCAUCACAGGGAGGUUGAGGGUGAUCUUUUCAGCUCAUUCGACGUUCAAAAUGACCCGCAUGAACAGCAAUUUCAAAGUUAUGGGAACUCGGACAAUGAAUCAUUACACGAGGCUACGGAAGGUCAUUUCUACAAGCCAAGCUCUGAAGAUGGUGAGAACGACGAGCAAAGAUCUCAACAGCAUGAUAUCGAAAGUCAAGAGGGAUUCUCCGACAAUAGUGAAGAGUCCAGAUCAGAUGAUGGACAGUCUACCAGCGCAGACUUUCCAGAGCAGAGCGACAACAAUCAGCAAGGCGACUUUUCCCUGGAUAGCUAUUCAGACGUAAACUCACAUCAUAGCGCGGAAGAUGAGAUGCUUAGCCAGAACGAAGACCAAGACCAAGACAGUAACAGCUCAGAUGACGGGUUUGGCAACGAAUCAGACAAUGAAGGCUCGGAUCAAGGCUCCAGUACAGAUUCUGAACAGAGUAUACAAGACGAUGCCGAGGAUGAUUUAGAUCCUGGAUCCAGUCAAGAGGACUCGGGAGAAGGCGACAGCGAGGCGGCUGGAGAUUCGGAUCAGAGCGGGGACGAUGGCUCAGACCACAGUUCAAACGAUGAUGAUGGAUCAGAUUCCCAAGCAAGCCAAUCAUCUGAGGAUGAUCCCGAUGACAGCUCAGAGGGGGAAGAUGACGAGAGCAUAGAAGAAGAGUAUUCAGAUCCAGAACCUGACGACUCAGAACCAGAGUCAGUGGAUGUGUCUGAGCCUGAACAAGUAAUGGACUCCGAUAGUGAAGGGGACGGCAGUGCUUAUUAUUCAGACUAG